AUGGCUCCGGCAGAAAUGAGUGAUUUGAAAGGUCAAGUUGAAGAAUUACUAGAGAAAGGCUAUAUUGGACCAAGUGCAUCGCCAUGGGGAGCGCUAGUCUUGUUUGUGAAGAAGAAGGACGGAAGCAUGAGACUCUAUAUACACUACAGGGAGCUCAAUAAAAAAGUUGCAUUCCUAGGACAUUUUGUGUCUAAGGAAGGAUUUGUAGUGGACCCUGCAAAGAUAAAAGCUAACGGGAAGGUGAUUGCGUAUUCAUCAAGGAAGUUUAAACCAUAUGAAUCCAAUUACCCUACCCAUGACUUGGAGGUAGCCACCAUAGUGUUUGCAUUGAAGAUAUGA